UGGUGUCUGCGUUUUCUGCCGCACAUAAUUGGCUGAUAAACAAGUAAACAUUGGCUUAGGUUCGGUCUUGUUAUUUGGCUCAUCAAUACGCAUGCGAUUUGAAGGAGUUGAAACGGAUUUACUGGGUCCAUGGAGUUUUAGUGGAUUUGGUCUUCUUUUAAGCUAAAUUAGGGGGAUAAGCUGCCUCAAUCACUUAUUGAUUUUUCUGAUUUACUGGCGUUGUAUUGCUCAGGAGACGGAAGACAACAAAAUUGAAUGCUGAAGCUACAGGAUGAAGCAAAAUGUUUGUGGGCUUGAGUAAUGCCUUCUUAUAAUGAUAAUGCUUUUACAAGAAAUGGAACAUCAUCCAGUCCAAUCCAUGCCAAACUAUUGUAUUCUGUCUGGGAAUGGCAAUCCGAUGACGCAGUUACUUCAUAAAAACUCCGCCGGCGACUCCUCAUCAGGAAAGUCUGGGCAGUCUCACCAAGAAGCAUCUGUCGUGAGUGACAGCAGCCUCGAUGGACAACACACCUCAACACAAUCUGAUUAUAACAUCAGCGAUAGUUGCGGGAAUCAGGAGCAUGGGAUGAUAAAGCCUGCAUUGUCCUUGGGGAAUCCGGAAUCUGCUUUCUCGCCUACCAAGCUUGAUUACAGCCAAUCAUUUGCUUGUGUUUCUUAUCCCUAUGCUACUGAUCCUUACUACGGUGGGGUCUUGACAGGAUACACUAGAGACAAAAGUGUUCAUCUCCAAACGAAUGACACUGCCGCUGCAAACUCUAGGGUGCCGUUGCCUGUUGAACCGUCGGCAGAACAGCCCAUAUUUGUCAAUGCAAAGCAAUAUCAAGCGAUCCUUCGAAGAAGACAAGUACGUGCAAAAUUGGAGGCCGAGAAUAAGCUGGUGAAAGAUCGGAAGCCGUACCUCCAUGAAUCUCGGCAUCGUCACGCGAUGAAGAGAGCCCGCGGUUCAGGAGGCCGGUUCCUCACCAAGGAGGAGCUCCAGCUCCAAGAGCAACAGAGGCAGCAGCAGCCUCCAGCAGCAACGGUCCUCGGCAAGAACAACAUGACCUCCAGCAGCAGCUCGCCUUCAACGCCCCCAGGCUCUGAGAACUCGAGCUUUUCGACCGGUAGCGGCAGGAUGCUAGCUAACCAGCAGCACGUCGACUACCUGAAUCUGGAUACGCACAACGGAGGCGGCCAAUUAACUGUCAAUGGCCUGCGUCACCGCGUCCCCGUCACGAGGUGAUGGACAGCGCG